GGGCCCCCGGGGCAUUGUGGGCCGCCGCGCUCCGCCGCCGCUUCGCCAUGUCGGGCUCCCCCGUAAAGCGGCAGAGGAUGGAGAGCGCGCUGGAGCAGCUCAAGCAGUUCACCACCGUGGUGGCCGACACGGGCGACUUCCACGCCAUCGAUGAGUACAAGCCCCAGGACGCCACCACCAACCCCUCCCUGAUCCUGGCCGCGGCACAGAUGCCCGCCUACGAGGGGCUGCUGGACGAGGCCAUCGCCUACGGCAAGAAGCUGGGCGGGUCACAGGAGGAACAGAUUAAAAAUGCCAUGGAUAAGCUUUUUGUGUUGUUUGGAGCAGAAAUAUUGAAGAAGGUUCCGGGCCGUGUAUCCACAGAAGUGGAUGCCAGGUUGUCCUUCGACAAGGACGCCAUGGUGGCCCGUGCCAGGCGCCUCAUCGAGCUCUACCAGGAGGCCGGGAUCAGCAAGGACCAGGUCCUUAUAAAGCUGUCGUCCACCUGGGAAGGGAUUCAGGCCGGAAAGGAGCUGGAAGAGCAGCACGGCAUCCACUGCAACAUGACGCUGCUCUUCUCCUUUGCCCAGGCCGUGGCCUGCGCCGAGGCGGGGGUGACGCUCAUCUCCCCCUUCGUGGGGCGCAUCCUCGACUGGCAUGUGGCCAACACAGACAAGAAGGCCUACGAGCCCCUGGAGGACCCCGGAGUGAAGAGCGUCACCAAGAUCUACAACUACUACAAGAAGUUUGGCUACAAGACCAUCGUCAUGGGCGCCUCCUUCCGCAACACCGGCGAGAUCAAGGCGCUGGCGGGCUGUGACUUCCUCACCAUCUCGCCCAAGCUGCUGGGGGAGCUGCUCAAGGACAACAGCAAGCUGGCACCCAUGCUGUCGGCCAAGGCGGCCCAGGCGAGCGACCUGGAGAAGGUGCACCUGGAUGAGAAGGCCUUCCGCUGGCUGCACAACGAAGACCAGAUGGCCGUGGAGAAGCUCUCGGACGGCAUCCGCAAGUUUGCUGCCGACGCCGUGAAGCUGGAGCGCGUGCUGAUGGAACGCAUGUUCGGCGCAGAGAACGGAAAGUAGCCCGGUGCCUGAGGCUGGAGGUGCCUGAGGCCGGAGCACGGAUCUGCACCACCUGACGGGGCGAGUGAUAGGCCUGGCGAUGAAUUGUGCAUUUUUUACCGGUUGGAGCCCGGAUGGAUCCUAGAUUCUGUGUAAAAUUUUGCCUAACUCAUUAAAGCAAUCACUUUU